AUGGCGUCCAAAGCCCAGAAGGCUGCUGCAGCCAAAGGCAGAUCGAACGACGACAACAAGGAGGACCCCCUUCAAGCAGUAAUUGUUGCCGACACUUUUGAGACCAGAUUCGCACCAUUCACCUUGGAGAGACCGCGAUGUUUGCUGACCCUGGCCAACACCCCUUUGAUCGAGUAUACCCUCGAGUAUCUGGCGAGUGCUGGAGUUCAGGUAGUCUACAUCUAUGCUGGCACACAUGUGGACCAAGUAGAGGCUUACAUUGAGACCUCCCGGUGGAAGUCACAGCAGUCCCCUUUCGAGAAUGUCACGUUUCUCCGGUGCCUCGCCAGCUCCGUGGGUGACAUUAUGAGGGAUCUAGACCAGAAACACUUGAUGGUUGGCGAUUUUCUCGUCGUCAGUGGUGAUAUUAUCUCGAAUUUUCCCAUCCAUAAAGCUUUGCGACAACACAAACUCCGCAGAGACAAGGACAAGAAUGCCAUCAUGACGAUGAUCUUGAGGGAGGCCGAAGCAGGAAUCCACGACCAUAGUGGUGGCGUCGUGCCCACAUUCGUCCUGGAUCCCACCAAGGACAGAUGUCUACAUUACGAAGAGGCGUUCCCAGGCACUCAGUUUACGUCGCAUAUUGACCCAGAACUCCUGAAGACCCCAGAACUCGAGAUCCGACAAGACCUUGUUGACUGCCGAAUCGACAUAUGCACCCCGGAUGUGCUCAGUCUGUGGUCAGAUAACUUCGACAACCAAACGCCACGCAAGGACUUUCUCUUUGGUGUACUCAAGGACUGGGAAUUGAAUGGAAAGACUAUUCACACAUACAUCGUCCUGGAAGACUACGCCGCUCGAGUCGCCGACUUCUGGUCGUACAAUAUCAUCUCCCAGGACAUGAAAGCGGGCGUCGUUACGUCAAUCGCGGUCGAAAACAACGCUUUCGGCAGCACACACUACCGCCGGUCCCAGAACGGAGUCAUUGUGGAUGGACAGGUGGUUGCAGCAAGGCAUACGAAGCUCGACUCGGGCUCCAUUGUUGGGCCGGAAGCCUCUAUUGGAAGGGGAUCAGAGGUCAGAAACAGCGUGCUCGGCGAACGGUGCCAUAUUGGCAAGAACACGGAAAUCGACAACGCCUAUAUUUGGGACGAUGUUUCGAUUGGAAACAAUGUAAAGAUUUCACGAGCGAUUGUCGGGAACGAAGCCUUCAUCGGAGACAACUCUGUGAUUGAGGAGGGCAGCCUGAUCUCUUUCGGCGUUAGGAUCGCCCCAGGCACGACCGUCAGAAGUGGUUCGAGAAUAUGUCGAAAUCAGCCAGGAAUUGAUCGUGAAUCGAAGAAUGACAUCCUGAUAGUCGGUGAUGCAGGAGAGGGCCAAGCGUAUGCCGACGAUGAGGAAGACUACCUGAGUUCAAGAUUAUCAAGGCUCAUUUACCAACGGCCAGAGUUUGCAGACUCGAUCUCCACCUUGGAGUCGGAUCUUUCUUCUGACGAGGUCUCAUCCCUUGGCGGAUCUAGAAGUCAGAGCUUCGGAGACGAGUCUACCGACCGAUUCCAACAUGACACUGUUGCCAUUCUGGUCCAACGAAUGCAGGAGGGGAAGCACGCGGAUGACAUGCUCAGUGAACUGAUGGGUCUUCGAUUUAGUGGAGGAGCAGAUGAGACACAAGUACGCCGCGCAGUGGCCGUCGCGCUGAUGAAACAUAUCCACAGCGAAAUCGAGAAUGGGGUGCCUGCCGCCGACGCCACCCGGCGGGUUCUGACGGCAUACAACACGCUUAUCCGGAGGAAGGGAGCAGAGCAGACGAUUGAUGAGCAAGCGGCGUUCUUGCUUGAUGCACAACGAGAUUUGAUCCGAAGGAAAGAUGGGGGCAAGACACUUUUAUUCGUGGUCAAGGACCUCUAUGAUCUCGAGAUAUUCCCUGAAGAAGCAUUCACUGACUGGUGGGAAGACGAGAGGUCGAGUGCUGAGCCUGAAAUGGCGGAAGUAAGGAAGCCAAGUUCACAGUUCAUCGAGUGGCUCGAAAAUGCCGAGAGCGAGAGUGAGAGUGAUGAGGAGGACGAUGAUGAGUAG